GAAGCAUCGAAAUGGCCGCGGUGGCGGCCGGCGGGGCUGCCGCGGCGGCGGCGCUGGGCGAGGUGGAGGAUGAGGGUCUCCUGGCCUCGCUGUUCCGAGACCGGUUCCCGGAGGGUCAGUGGCGCGAGCGGCCCGACGUGGGGCGCUACCUGCGCGAGCUGAGCGGCUCGGGGCUGGAGCGGCUGCGGCGGGAGCCCGAGCGGCUAGCGGAGGAGCGGGCGCAGCUGCUGCAGCAGACGCGGGACUUGGCCUUCGCCAACUACAAGACCUUCAUCCGCGGCGCCGAGUGCACCGAGCGCAUCCACCGCCUCUUCGGGGACGUGGAGGCCUCCCUGGGCCGCCUGCUGGGCCGCCUGCCCAGCUUCCAGCAGAGCUGCCGGAACUUUGUGAAGGAUGCAGAAGAGAUUGGUUCUAACCGCCAUAUGAAUACUUUGACCCUGAAUCGGCACACAGAGAUUUUGGAAAUCUUGGAGAUCCCUCAGUUAAUGGACACCUGUGUUCGAAAUAGCUACUAUGAGGAGGCUCUUGAGCUUGCAGCCUAUGUGCGCAGACUGGAAAGAAAAUAUUCUACCAUCCCUGUUAUCCAGGGCAUUGUUAAUGAGGUCCGUCAGUCUAUGCAAUUGAUGCUCAGCCAGUUGAUCCAACAACUUCGAACCAAUAUCCAGCUCCCUGCCUGUCUCCGAGUUAUAGGUUAUCUUCGUCGAAUGGACAUUUUCACAGAGGCUGAGUUGCGAAUCAAAUUCUUACAGGCGCGAGAUGCAUGGCUCCGUUCUAUCCUGACCUCCAUUCCCAAUGAGGAUCCUUAUUUUCAUAUCACCAAGACCAUCGAGGCAUGUCGUGUCCACCUUUUUGACAUCAUUACACAGUACCGUGCCAUAUUUUCUGAUGAGGACCCGUUGCUACCUCUGGCUGCCGGUGAGCCCUCGGUGAACGAGAGUGCUAUCUUCCAUGGCUGGGUGUUGCAGAAGGUUUCGCAGUUCCUGCAGGUGUUGGAGAGCGACCUUCAGCGUGGAGGCGGUAGCCGCCUGGACUCACUGCUCGGCCAGUGUAUGUACUUUGGGCUCUCCUUCAGCCGAGUAGGGGCUGAUUUUCGGGGUCAGCUUGCACCUGUGUUCCAGCAGGUUGCUUUGAAUACUUUCAAGAAAGCAGUUCAAGAAGGUGUAGAGAAGUUUCAGGACGAAAUGAACUCCUAUACUCUUAUUUCUGCUCCCGCUGCGCUGCGGAGCACGAUUCCUGCUGCCGUCCCUGUGACUCAGCCUGGAACCUUGCAGCCCCCCAUGGGACUGCUGGAUUUUCCACCGCUGGCUUGUUUCCUCAACAACAUUCUGGUUGCGUUCAAUGAUUUGCGUCUCUGUUGUCCUGUGGCUCUGGCUCAGGAUGUGACUGCCUCUUUAGAAGAUGCCCUUGGCAAGGUAACAAAAAUAAUACUGGCCUUUCACCGGGCAGAGGAGGCAGCCUUCAGCAGCCGGGAACAAGAGCUCUUCGUCCAGUUCUGCACUGUUUUCCUGGAAGACUUGGUUCCUUACCUAAAUCGCUGUCUCCAAGUCCUCUUCCCGCCGACCCAGAUAGCACAGAUUUUGGGUGUUCCACCCACUCAGCUCUCCAAGUUUGGAAACCUUGGACAUGUCAAUAUCCAAGUCAUCCAGGAGCCCUUGGCUUUUAUCUUGCCAAAGAGAGAGGCAGUUUUCCUAUUGGAUGAGAAGGGACUGGAACAAGAGAUCAUAGCUCCAGCUCUAGAACCUACAGAACAGGAACCCAGGUUGAAUGAAAAUGGAGAAUCUGUGGUGUGGCAGGCCAGUGGGUGGCUUGCUCGGAUUAUACAGCAUGAGAUGGACCACUUGCAAGGCUGUCUCUUCAUUGACAAAAUGGACAGCAAGACUUUUACAAAUGUACGGUGGAUGGAAGUAAAUGAUUGAAGUCCUCAUCUUCAGAGCAAAUUCUGAAAAAGCAUCUUUCAGUAGUUAUAACUUUAGGCCAGCCAUGUCUGAAGUAAAUGAUGUGCUUGGCCUACAUUCUGUUGAUCACAGUGGUUAGUAAUUUAUGUACUGAUUCAGGGAACAUCUAUAAUGAAAUUAGUGCUGUGGGCAAAAUAUUUGACCUCCACUUUUGAAAAGGAAUAAUUAUUGCUUAGAGGUAAUUUAAUAAAAGAGACAAUGGAUAGUAUAUAAAAGGCUCACCUUAGAUUAGGAAAACCUGGGUGAGUCUUGGCUCUGAAAAUAUAGCCGCUGUUUGACCAAGAGCAAGUCGUAUAAAUGCUUAAACACUCUAAGCUGAGAAACAGACACAUUUCCCAUAGGCUUCGGUGGAAGAGUUUUCUGCACUGGGAGCUCCCCAAUCAAUAAAAUUGUAAUUCCAAACAAAAUAAAAAUAAACUUAUUGAGUAGACAGUA